AUCACCGGUAACGCAAAACACCGCGUUUACGUGGCAGAGGUCGUCAAUGAAGACUAACCGUCGUUUACUUCUGCAUCUGGAAGCGCAGACGUCGUUAAGUGGUCGUCAGGCGGCCGAGAGGUUGGGGACUUCGGAGACUUAAUACUUGGUCCUCUUUCGAUGUCUAUGAAACUAGCAGGCGAGCUUGUCUUCGUCGCCAUUGUCGUUUUGAGGAGGCUGAGAUAGAACUAGAGAGCGCGAAGACUUUUGGACCAUUUUCCUGUUCUGAUUAUGAAAUUUUAGGGGUUUUGGGAGAUGGAGGAUCAUCUAGUGUUGUAUGUGGAUCGCUUGAUAGCCCCGCAGACGGUGGAAACGGUGGAAGGAGGGGAGUUAUCGGCUGCUGGUUUUGUUCAGGAGGGAAAUCUAGUUUCUGAGGAAAAUGAGCCAUUGAUUCAGUUGGUAGAAUGUCGCAUUUGCCAGGAGGAAGAUCAGAUCAAGAAUUUGGAGACCCCCUGUUCUUGUAGCGGCAGCCUCAAGUAUGCUCAUAGGGAAUGUGUGCAACGGUGGUGCAAUGAGAAGGGGGAUAUAAUUUGCGAAAUUUGCCAUGAGCCAUACAAGCCUGGGUACACUGCAACUCCUCGUCUUCCUCCUGAUGAGACUACUAUCGAUAUAAGUGGGGGCUGGACAAUUACUGGUACUUCCAUAGACUUGCGAGAUCCUCGCAUUCUUGCAAUGGCGGCAGCUCAGCGCCGCUUCCUUGAAGCACAUUAUGAUGAUGAUGAUGCUACUAAUGCUAGCGGCGCCAAUUUCUGUAGAUCUGCUGCUCUAAUCUUGAUGGCGCUUUUUCUACUGAGGCAUGCAUUAAGUAUGACUACUGCCGGAGAUGAUGAUGCUUCUAGCUACAUUUCUAUCUUUUUGAUGCGGGCUGCUGGAAUUCUAUUGCCAUGUUACAUCAUGGUUUGGGCCAUUAGCAUCCUGAAUCGGAGAAGGCAAAGACAGGAAGCAGCAGCCAUGGCCGCAGCUGAAGUUGCCUUCAUUCUGCAGUCAGGUCAACGAAGGAGCCUGCAGUUUACCAUUGCACCUGAAUCACCUGCAACUCCUCAGCAAGAACCACAUCAAUGAACAUUGCAGAUCAGCCACAGCACUAUUUACUUUAAUGCUACCCCUCUAGCAAAGUCUCUUUAAGGCGAAAAUUGAAAAUGGGAGGUUUUUAAAUAUAUUUACACGUAUUCAUUGUAACUUUCAGCAUUUUGUUCUAUAGUCCUGAAUUGUAGAAUGUACAUUACUGAAAUGCUCAUGAAAUUUUUCUUAGAUGAGAUGCAUUUGUCAAUGAAUUGUAGCCUGGUUUGGUUGAUAUUGAUCAAUUUUGAAAAAUUGGCUUCAAGCCUAUUAUAAUA